UUUGAACAUCAGGGUUUUCUUUAUUUUUGUAUCAGUAAUAAGUAUACAUAGACAUCUUGCACCGUGGUCAUUUCAAUAUUUAGCCGAACCUGGAUGAUUUAUCGUAGGCUAGUUUGCAGAAGUGUUUUUUUUUUUUUUUUUUUCUUUCUCGACAAAAGUGUUCGCUUUAGCACCAUUUCACCGUGGAAACUACAGUAGCCUAAUGUUUUUAUAAAAAUAAUAGAACACUCACAAAUCCCUAUUUAAAUUGAUGUUGGGCAGGAUAAAGCACACGGUUCUGAUUAAAUAUCCUUAUCACAUAGGCCUACUUGUUUUUGCUUUUUUUGCUACAUUCUGCGAAUUUACGGAUAUUUCGGAUUGAUUUCAUGGGAGCAAGAAAGCCAUGACAAUAAAAUCAUUUGGCCAAGUGGUACAAAGGACACCGUGGCUUUUUAUUAUUAGACCACACUGUAAUAAUUAAACCCCGUGUAGAGUAGGCCUACGUCGACAGACAACGGAUUAGAAUUUGUACGUCAAAUAAUAAUUGUAUUGAUAAUUAUAGCCUAUAUUUAAGGAAUGCAAUUAUAUCACUUACCACAUUAAUGUCCGUAAACCCAAUGACACGACACCUAAACAAAUUUCAUUUUCUGGAUAAAUCGGGUGAAUAAUUUCUACCUUGGUUCAAUGUUGAACAUGAAUGAUAUGCAAGGAGAAACCUUGACAUUCAUUUUUAAAUUCAAAAUUAUUUUGCACGCUUAAAUAGCAAUAAAUAGCAGAGCAGCCAAAUAAUCAUCCUUGUAUGUUGAAUAUGUCUGUUAUUUUUAUAGAACUAGUCAUAGGUAUUUUGUUGCUGUUGUAUUAUCAAAUAUUAAAUACACGCUCAUAUCCGGUUAGCGUUGUUAUGCUAAUUAUGUCUGACAUCACUGAGAUCAAAGCAGCGUAGAGAAUAUAAACAGCUAGGGGCUUCAGCGAUUGCCAGAGUUCACAUUCCGGGGUGGGGAGCAUAGUAGCCAAAAAAAAGGGAAACCUGCUCACUUGCUUAAGUCAGUAGUUUGCCCUGCAUCGUUUAAGAUGCUUUAUCGGCUUUUCAGCGGCCAUUCCAUGAAUAUUGCGGAAUUACACAGGUUUUAUGGCAGAUCUUGAAUAAAGAAAAAUAUUGUCUGGAAUAUUACUGCAAUACUGGCAAAACAUUAUAUAAAGGAAGUGAAAAACGGACAAGAGGUCAGUAUUGCGGUUCCUGUUUUCUGAUUGUGCCUCAGAGGAGUCGUAACAGCAGCACUGUCUCUCUGUGCCUUGAGUGGGACCACCGCCAUGAAAAGGGCUCUCCACCCCCUGCCCGUCUGUCUGCCCGCAGUCCUGCUGCUGUCCCAGAUCUGCUCAGGAAUCAAAUGGCUGGCCCUGUCGCAGACGCCGGCCUCCAUGCCCAUUAACCGGACGCAUCACUGCAAGGGUCUUCAGGGCCUGGUGUCUGCGCAGGUGCAGCUGUGCCGCAGCAACCUGGAGCUGAUGCAGACCGUCAUCCAGGCCGCCCGCGAGGUCCAGAAGACCUGCCAGAAGACCUUCGGCGACAUGCGCUGGAACUGCUCCUCCAUCGAGAACGCACCGCACUUUCCCCCAGACCUGGAGCGAGGCACGAGGGAGGCGGCGUUUGUUUACGCCCUGGCCGCGGCCACCAUCAGCCACACCAUCGCCCGGGCCUGCACCACCGGGGACCUGCGGUACUGCUCCUGCGGGCCCGUCCCGGGCCAGGCCCCCGAGCCGGGCCACCGCUGGGGGGGCUGCGCAGACAACCUGCACUACGGCCUGGUCGUGGGCACCAAGUUCGCCGACGCGCCCAUGAAGACGAAGAAGUCCCGCUCCCAGGCUAACAAGCUCAUGCACCUGCACAACAGUGAGGUGGGCAGACAGGCCCUGCGUGAUGCCUUGGAGCUGAAGUGUAAGUGUCAUGGCGUCUCCGGCUCCUGCUCCAUCAGGACCUGCUGGAAGGGCCUUCAGGAUCUGAAGAACAUCGCCAUGGACCUGAAAAUCAAAUACCUGUCCGCCACCAAGGUGGUGCACCGGCCCAUGGGGACCAGGAAGCAGCUCGUUCCCAAGGACCUCGACAUCCGGCCCGUACGGGAGAACGAGAUGGUGUACCUGCAGAGUUCACCCGACUUCUGCUCCAGGAGCGAAAAGCAGGGCUCCUUCGGCACUCAGGGCAGGCAGUGCAACAAGACCUCCAGCGGGAGUGACAGCUGUGACCUGAUGUGCUGCGGCCGGGGCUACAACCCGUACGUAGAGACGCUGGUGGAGAAGUGCCACUGCAAGUACCACUGGUGCUGCUACGUCACGUGCAAGAGGUGCGAGAGGACGGUGGAGAGAUACAUCUGCAAGUGACAUCCUCCUAAACCUGCAUCUUAAACCUCCCCUCACGGGCCGCACGUAAUAACCAAAGCGCUACGUAUCGAGAAAGCUUGCUGCUGUCCUAAGCUUCAGCCUUUUACCCCACUUUUAAUUUGAACUGGAGCAGUUCUUUUAAAACAGAUAUUUUGGGGUUUUAUUUUAUCAAAAAAGCAGACUUGUUUUGUCUACAAGUGUUUGAAAUGGGUGUUGUGUCAACACCUGCCUUUUACAUGAAGGCCACUGCCAUUUAAGGAUUUUCAACAAACGUGUAUAAACUUUUUGCUAUAUAUUUUUUAAACACCGAUAAUAAUAAAUGAAAACUAUUUUCUU